CACAGCUCAACAACAACCUUCCUUCUGCCGAUUCCUCCUACCUUUGCUACCUACACCACACCACCAGCAAAUACAAUCCAACACUCUUCUUCUUCAAUCCCGAGCAAUACAUUAUCCUUCAAAAUGCGUGAAAUCGUAAGUUCUCCCGCCUCUUCUCCAGCUUCUAUUGACAACGGAACGCGUCUUGUUCUGCUGCACCCCUGAAUAUUUACCCCACUACUUUAAAAAAGAACAGCGAGCUAACCAACGUCUUUUGCCAUCCACAGGUGCAUCUUCAAACCGGUCAAUGUGUGAGUACCAUCAUUAAAUCCUCUGCCAGUCGAAAUAUAUUAACGUUUUCUAGGGUAACCAAAUUGGUGCUGCCUUCUGGUGCGUAGAUCCCUCACUCUCGACCUGGGACGAGCUCGGCCAGCGCGACUCCUUAGGAGACACGUCCGCGACGUAUCUGCAAUAUCCAUACUGAUGAGGAAACAGGCAAACCAUCUCAGGAGAGCACGGUCUCGAUGGAUCCGGAGUGUACGUUUUCUCCGCAUCGAGUUUAUUUACUCGACCCCUUCGUCGCGUCUGCCUAGGCUAACAUCAAUUCCAGUUACCACGGAACCUCAGACCUCCAAUUGGAGCGUAUGAACGUCUACUUCAACGAGGUCAGCCUCCGCCGCGCAUCCAACUCAAACAAACAAUACUAACUCUCUCUAGGCUUCUGGUAACAAGUAUGUUCCUCGUGCCGUCCUCGUCGAUCUGGAGCCAGGUACCAUGGAUGCUGUCCGCGCUGGUCCCUUCGGUCAACUCUUCCGACCCGACAACUUCGUCUUCGGUCAAUCCGGUGCUGGUAACAACUGGGCUAAGGGACAUUACACCGAGGGAGCCGAGCUCGUCGACCAAGUUCUCGAUGUCGUUCGUCGCGAGGCUGAGGGAUGUGACUGUCUCCAGGGUUUCCAAAUCACCCACUCCCUUGGUGGUGGAACCGGUGCCGGUAUGGGUACGCUUUUGAUCUCCAAGAUCCGUGAGGAGUUCCCAGACCGUAUGAUGGCAACCUUCUCCGUUGUCCCUUCACCAAAGGUUUCCGACACCGUUGUCGAGCCUUACAACGCCACCCUCUCCAUCCAUCAGUUGGUCGAAAACUCCGACGAAACCUUCUGUAUCGACAACGAGGCUCUCUACGAUAUCUGCAUGAGGACUCUUAAGCUCACCAACCCUUCAUACGGAGAUCUCAACCACUUGGUUUCUGCCGUCAUGUCUGGUGUCACCACUUGUCUUCGUUUCCCUGGUCAACUUAACUCUGAUCUCCGAAAGUUGGCUGUCAACAUGGUUCCUUUCCCACGUCUCCAUUUCUUCAUGGUUGGAUUCGCUCCUCUCACCAGCCGUGGUGCUCACUCUUUCCGUGCCGUUACCGUUCCAGAGUUGACCCAACAAAUGUACGACCCAAAGAACAUGAUGGCUGCCUCCGAUUUCCGUAAUGGUCGUUACUUGACUUGCUCUGCUAUCUUGUAAGUUAUCUCCCACGGAUUUUCCGAAACGACGUAGACUAAUAUUUUACAGCCGUGGUAAGGUUUCCAUGAAAGAAGUCGAGGAUCAAAUGCGAAACGUCCAAAACAAGAACUCUUCUUACUUCGUCGAGUGGAUCCCCAACAACGUCCAAACCGCUCUCUGCUCCAUCCCACCACGAGGCCUCAAGAUGUCUUCCACAUUCGUUGGAAACUCCACAUCCAUUCAAGAGCUCUUCAAGCGUAUCGGUGAUCAAUUCACUGCCAUGUUCAGAAGAAAGGCUUUCUUGCAUUGGUAUACUGGAGAGGGUAUGGACGAGAUGGAGUUCACUGAGGCUGAGUCCAACAUGAACGAUUUGGUUUCCGAGUACCAACAAUACCAGGAUGCCUCUAUUUCUGAGGGUGAGGAGGAGUACGAGGAAGAGGCCCAGAUGGAGGAAGAGGCAUAAAUGUCUAUUACUUUUUCAAGUGACUGACAGACGACACGGCGGCAGAAUCGUGUCACCAUCCCGAUGUUGGCACUUUUUGUUGACUAGGUUAAUAAUGCCUUAGGGCGCUCCUUUCUUGUUUGUUGAUUUUUUUGAAGCGUUGGAGCUUUAGUGGGAAAGAAUACCUUGUUACCUCAACUGAUCCAUACCCUUUGAUCCAGUAAAAUUCAUUAAAAACAUGGAUUUCUAAAUUAAGCCGCAGCAUGACA